UCUUCCAAUACCCAACGCAUAUCACGCAGCCACACAGCUCUGAGAGAGAGAGAAACAGAAGAAGAAAACAGAGCUCGAGACGCUCAAUAUUAAUGGCGGCCGCAUCAGCACGAGCCUUUUUCAUGCUCUCUCCUGUUACGGACUUAUCAAAGAAGAAGCUAAUCCUUCACCAACCUCCACCAUCGUCUCCUCGCCGGUUACCUUGUGCUCCGAAUCGUGCGGUGUCGUCUUCCUCUGCUGUAAUCAGCUGUCUCAGCGGUGGUGGAGUUUCCUCCGACGAUUCGUAUGUGUCUACUCGUCGUUCUAAGCUGGAUCGAGGUUUCGCUGUGAUCGCGAAUUUGGUGAAUCGGAUCCAGCCGCUUGAUACGUCUGUUAUCUCCAAAGGCUUAUCCGAUUCAGCUAAGGAUUCUAUGAAGCAGACGAUUUCUUCUAUGCUUGGGCUCCUUCCUUCCGAUCAAUUCGCCGUUUCCGUUACCAUCUCCGAGCAGCCUCUUUAUCGUCUCCUCAUUUCUUCCAUCAUCACCGGGUAUACGUUGUGGAAUGCGGAGUAUCGUGUAUCACUAAGGAGGAAUUUUGAUAUACCGACUGAUCCUAGAAAGGAGGAGGAUCAAUCUUUGAAAGACGAUGUAAGAUUUGGUUCCGAGAAGGGAGUGAGUGAGGAUUUAGGGAAUUGUGUUGAGGAAUUAGAGAGAUUGAGUCCUCAGGUCUUUGGAGACUUGUCAACCGAAGCGUUGAGUUAUAUUCAGCAUUUGCAGUCUGAGUUAUCUACCAUGAAAGAGGAGCUAGAUUCACAAAAGAAGAAGGCUUUACAAAUAGAAUGUGAGAAAGGAAACAAGAAUGAUUUGUUGGAUUAUUUGCGUUCCCUCGAUCCCAAGAUGGUGACUGAGUUAUCUCAACUGUCUUCACCGGAAGUGGAAGAGAUCGUGAACCAACUUGUCCAAAAUGUAUUCGAGAGAAUCUUUGAAGACCAGACUACUUCAAAUUUCAUGCAAAAUUCUGGCAUAAGGACGACAGAAGGUGGUGAUGGAACUGGUAGAAAAGUAGACACCUCCAGGGAUUACCUUGCAAAGCUCCUUUUCUGGUGCAUGCUAUUGGGACAUCAUUUAAGAGGUUUGGAGAAUAGGUUACAUCUCAGCUGUGUUGUUGGAUUGCUGUAAAAUCAGAAAAAGGAGACAGAAAAAAAAAGAAACACCAAUGUAUAUUCUUCUCCCCCAUUUUGAUUUCUUUAAUCUAAGCGUUAAGUUAUUACC